AGCCUACCUGCUGACCGUGAGCCUACCUGCUGACCCUGAGCCUACCUGCUGACCCUGAGCCUACCUGCUGACCCUGAGCCUACCUGCUGACCCUGAGCCUACCUGCUGACCCUGAGCCUACCUGCCUGACCCUGAGCCUACCUGCUGACCCUGAGCCUACCUGCUGACCCUGAGCCUACCUGCUGACCCUGAGCCUACCUGCUGACCUAUAUCUUUGCCCCCCUCUGAAUUAUAUCCCUUUGCAUACCCUGAGCCUGCCUGCCAUCAGGCACCGUUGCCCCACCUCUGGUUACUGACCCCUGCCUGCCUUGACCUGUCUAUUGCCUGCUCCUGUUGGAUUAUUAAACUAUUGUUUAUUCGACGUGGUCUGUAUCUGGGUCUUAUGUUCAUCCUUGAUAAUGAAUACGGGUCCAGGUGCAAACGUUGAACUAAUGCAAUCAUUGAGUAAAUCUGAUCCUAUAAGUGUCUAGGGUGUAUGCUGAGAUGACAGUCUGUUUUGCUCUUGGUUGGCCAUGCAGCAGGUCUGCAGGUGUCUGUUUCUAUAAGCAGGAUGAUGUAGGAGUGUUUGGUAUUUACUCACUCUGAGCGGUUGAUGUCUGGCACACCUUUUUAAAUCUCACAAACAGGAUUUGGACAUCACAAGGAAGUAGGAGUAGGAUAAUUUUAUGUGGUUUUGAGAAAUUAGACAUGAAAUGCAACCAGGGGUCAUACUGGGAGAAAUAGUACAGACGGACAGUGACAGAGGUGGUCCAGAAUGCAGUAAGUGUUGCUGCAAUCAUAUCACACUCCACUCAAAGAUAAGGUUAAGUUUUUAUGUAUACUAAACAUACUAUAUCAGGAUACAUGAAUCGACAGUGUCGACAUAUAUUGUGGUUAUCUUAGUUACAAGAAAAGUGUGUGUAAAGAGAGAUGCAAGGCCCUGGUGACACUACAGGGGGAAAACCAUGCGGUCAAGCAGGGUCGAAAAGCAGAGGGAGAAAAGUCCAAGAAUUUCUCAGGAGUGUGGUCUCUGUGUCUCGCUGUCCUGCUGGCUGGUAGUGGUUGGUGGUGGGGUGGGCUAGGGAGGUGUUGGACACAAAGCAACCUUUCAUUCCAGCUGGACUCCGAUUGGAGAGCUUGGAGAGUUUUUUUUUCUUUCUUUCUGGCCACACAGCACAGUGGGCUAUACCUCUUCUGGCCCGUAGCCAAUGGGAAUGGGCCUUAGAUAAACUGUCUGUUUGGGCUGUUAGAAAGCACUCCGCUGGUUGACAUCACAGUAAUUAUUUGACACCUCCAAUAUGCAGUCUCUGACUGGACCUCCUCUAUUGGUUUGUUAGGUAUACCAUGGGCUGUGGGUGGAGAGGAGAGGUAGGUGGUUUCUUAAAGAUGAAUGAAAGGGGGUCUUUGUCCUGAAUUUUUAAAAACUUUUAUUUUUUUUUACCCACUCCCCUGCUUCCUCUCACCACUCCUCUAUCCUCUCACCUUUUGGGGUUUUUCUGGGGUGUGUGGCCAAAAAUCAUGUCCUGGGGGUGAGAGUCUAUAAAAGCCAUUCAGGAGUUGAGAGUCCUCACACUCACUUUGAAAAGGUUUCUGUCCAAAAGGAGGCUGACCAGGAGAGUCCAUGGCAGAGCUGACCAUGAACAGAUUAGCGCUCCUAUUUUUCUGCUUAUAUGCAACAGCCUCACUAAUUGAUGGGAAGCCCAGCCAUAGAACAGAGAAGCCCAGGAGCUCCAAACCCGUGGUAGCAGCUGACUUACCUGAUCCGGAUAACACUGAUGAUACUCUCCUCCCUGGUGGCAGCGGGCAGUGCUCGGUGAAUGGGAUGUUCCUGUUUGACAGGGCCAUGUGGUCGCCUCAGCCCUGCUCCGUGUGCCAGUGUCAGAGGGGAACUGUCAGCUGUCACCCUGUCCCCUGCGGCGGUUCAAAUAACCAGCAGACAGUGGCUCCCAAAGCCAAGAAAUCCUCCCCUAAUGCAGAGAAGAAAGAGGGGAUUCCAAAGCAGAAGAAGAGUCUCCAAAGGACAUCAGAAGAAGGAGGAGCAGGACGUCAGAAGAAGGAGGAGCGGCAUGUUAGUCCAGUGAAAGUGGUUGCUGUUGUGAAAUCCAUGGCCACCCAGAACAAAAAACAAGAAGUAGCAGUGAAGAAACAGGAAGUGGCUGUGAAGAAACAAAAAGUGUCUGUGAAGAAACAGGAAAUGGUUGUGAAAACAAAACUCAGGAAGACCGAGGUCCCUGUGGCCAAAAGGCGUGACCCGAAGAUAAACAAAGACAGCCUUCCGUACCUUCCCUACGAUGAUGACGAUCACGAUGACCAUAGCGAGCAUGACGACAAUGACGACGAUGAUGAUUAUAUCAUCAGGGCCACCGGAAAACCAACCAUGAGGUUGGCACCAAUGGGGAGACCAGUCACCAUGGCGACUGGCCGACUGGCUACUACCACCACUAGGAGACCCAUGGUGAGGGGGCCUGGACGUGCUGUGGUCACAUUCCCCAGGAGACACAGCAUCAUGGAGUCUCUCCCUGCUGGCUGCCUGCUCUCGGAGUCUCUGAUCGCCUGUGGCAGCACUGGCAUGGUCCACGUCCCCAUCCUCUCAGACCAGGGGGUCAAGACCCUCUAUCUGGCAGACAAUAAGAUCAAUAAGAUCCCUCCCCGGGCUCUGGCUGGGCUGCCCAACCUGGAGUGGCUGGACCUGAGCAAGAACAAGCUGGACGACUCCUCCAUCAGCCCUGACCUGUUCCAGAACCUGACCCAGCUGAGGAGGUUGAAUUUAGAUGGCAACAAUCUGACCAAAGUCCCCUCGAUUCUCCCGCCGUCCCUGGUGGAGCUUAAGAUCAAUGACAACAAGAUCCUGGGCCUCACACCUAACAGCUUUAAAGGUUUGUCCAAAUUGCUGACACUGGAGCUUGAGGACAACCACUUCCACGAUGGGAAUGUGUCACCUCUGACCUUCCGGCCCCUCAAGAAACUCAUCUAUCUGCGACUGGAGGACAACAAGUUCCGGGCCAUCCCCUCUGGGCUUCCUGUGACCCUGCAGGCACUUCACCUGUCGGAUAACAGAAUAGAAGAGGUGCAUGAGGGGAUCCUCAACAAGACCGUCAACCUCAGGUUUCUGGAUCUCAGUCAUAAUAGGAUCCGGGAGGACCGCAUAGCCCCAAGGGCCUGGAUACACUUGUUAAAGUUGGAGUCGUUGGACCUGUCGCACAAUAAGCUGGUGCAUGUUCCCUCCUUCCUCCCUGUGGGUCUACAGCAGCUCCACCUGCACCACAACCAGAUUGAGCGGAUCCCUGGCUACGUGUUUGGCCACAUUAAACCGGGACUCGACCUCCUUCACCUGUCCCACAACAGGCUGGCCAACGACGGCAUUGAUGAUGUGUCCUUCCUGGGCCUGUACAACUCCCUGACUGAACUCUUGCUGGACCACAACCAGCUUCGCUCCAUCCCCAGGGGGCUACUGAAGCUCAAGAGCCUGCAGCUCCUCCGCCUCAACCACAACGUUAUCAGAUACGUUCCUCUGAACUCUCUGUGUGACAUGCGCCAGAGUGACGACUCGCCCCUAGUCUCCGUUCACCUGGAGUACAACCUGAUUGACAGGCGUCUCAUCCCGCCCACCGCCCUAUCCUGCAUCAAGACCUACCACAGCAUCAUACUACGGCCCCAGAGUUACGAGGAAGAUUACCACCAUGAAGAUUACUAGUACCCCCCCGUCAGUUUGUCCUGGGUUACACCUUGUCUGCGUUUCUCAUUACAUAAUUUCCUCUGAGUCCGUCUCUUAUUGUGAUUAGCUUAGUCAGACUUAUGACACCCAAGCGUUAUGCAACAGAUGAAAUUAGACUUUCCUAAGUCUGACCAUAAUUCUAGGGCAAUGUUUAUGCAACCAGCCCUUUGUCAGUGGGCUUCAUUAUCACAAUGAAUGAGAACGAUUGUGUGUGUUUUUCCUGUUUUAAAGCCUUACUCUGUAAAGCAGUUCUAGGUUUUACUUGUGACUUUGACCUUGCUUGAUACAGUAGCAUGUAUUGAAAGAAAAUGAAUGUGUAGUUACCAAGGGAAACCCAGGUAGCUACUUGACAGUAGUGAGAGCCAAAGAUGUCCAGGUGCCCUCUAUACUAAACUCACUGUUUAGUUGUUUGUACAACUGUUUCAACUUUGUGACAAACUUGUGUAAUGAAAAAUUGUGAAAAUAAAAAAAAUCUUAGAUAAUUGCUGGUCAUUGUCUAUGGUAACUGUAAAUACUCUUAGUACCUCAAAUAAUCUGCCUAUGUAGCACUGGGUAGAGUGUUGCGGGGUAUUUUAUUCUUAGUGGAUUCUGUAUUUACCCUAUUAGUGCUGUGAUAGUACUUUUUAUUUUAUUUUGGCCUUAUACAGUAGCUUAAAUA